AUGGACCCCAACUGUUCCUGCGCUGCUGGUGACACCUGUGCCUGUGCUGACUCCUACAAGUCCAGAGAGUGCAAAUGUAUGUCUUGCAAGAAGAGUUCCUGCUCCUGCUGCCCCGUGGGCUGUGCCAAGUGUGCCCAGGGCUGUGUCUGCAAAGAGUCAUUGGACAAGUACAGCUUCUGUGCCUGA